UAUGGCGGCUUGUUUCUGCUGCUUUCGUUGUUGUUGGGCUGGGACAGGCUUCCAGCACGUACCACUUAAAGAACUUCCCCCAGUUGUGCUUGAUACGGGGCAUAUGGGAAAUGAUGUUGUUAUUGUGAAAGCUGGUAGAAGGAUAUGUGGUACGGGUGGUGCGCUAGCCAAUGGCCCUAUUGUACAAGACAAAGCCUACUUUGAAAUGAAAAUACAGUCAACAGGUGUGUGGGGAAUAGGUCUGGCUACAAGGAAGGCUAAUUUAAAUUGCAUUCCCAUGGGUACUGACAGUGAAACCUGGGUGUUAAGAGAAGAUGGAACAAUAUAUCACAACAAUCAGCUCUUGCAUAAAUUAGGUGUUAUUCCAUGUGAAGGCGAUGUGGUGGGUGUGACAUAUGACCAUGUAGAAUUCAAUUUAUAUUUAAAUGGUCAGACUUUACAGUGUCCGAUAAGGGGCAUCAAAGGAAUCAUUUAUCCAGUAUUCUAUGUUGAUGAAGGUGCAAUACUAGACGUGCAAUUUAAUGAGUUUUAUUACGUGCCGCCAUCUGGAUUUGACAAAAUUAUGUUUGAACAGUCUCUUUUAUAGUCUUCUGCCUCAUGGACACUUGUACAAUUCUACUAGUUUUCUGCCUCAUGGACACCUGUAUUGCGACUACAGUCCUGCUAGUCUCUCAGCUGUUGGGGAUCUAUGGUGAACCAAAUACAGUAUUCAUAAUCUAAUACCAAGUGCACUCCUGAAAUUGCUUCUACACCUUGCACAUUGUAUCACCGUCACCAUCAGUACCUUCAGCGGGUGAGAUUUGCCAGUGGCAACGUUUUCACAAAUUUAGGUCUAAGAACGUGGAACUGCUUCAUCUCAAGAUGUUAUCAACAUGCACAUCUCAACAAGGUUGGACGAUGUCUAUAUGUUCAGAAAAAAACAUUGGAUUAUACAACCUCAUUGGCCACUGUCAGUGUUUUUAAAGUGCCUGUGCA